AACAAUGAGCUCAACACAGAAGGACCAACAUGGAGCGAGAAGUCAGCGCUCUCAGGAGGCCGACAAACCUCACAGAACAAAGGGGGAGAAGAAAUACACCUGUGAUGAGUGUGGGAAAGAUUUUACUAAGAAGGAUUCACUAAAAACCCACCAACUCAUCCACACUGGAGAGAGACCGUUCAGCUGUGAUGACUGUGGAAAGUCUUUUACCCGGUUUGGAAGCUUAAAAGCACACCAGCUCUUCCAUAGUGGAGUUAAACCAUACAGCUGUGACGAGUGUGGAAAGAGUUUUUCCUGGAAGGGUAGUCUAAAAAAACACCAACUCGUCCACAGUGGAGUUAAAGCGUACAGCUGUGACGAGUGUGGGAAGGAUUUUCUUAGGAAGGCUUCACUAGAAAACCAUCAGGUCAUCCACACUGGAGAGAGACCGUUCAGCUGUGACGAGUGUGGACACACUUUUUCCUGGAAGGAUAGUCUAAAAACCCACCAACUCAUCCACACUGGAGAGAGACCGUUCAGCUGUGACGAGUGUGGACAGACUUUUUCCUGGAAGGAUAGUCUAAAAAAACACCAACUCAUCCACAGUGGAGUUAAAGCGUACAGCUGUGAUGAGUGUGGGAAAGAUUUUACUAGGAAGGAUUCACUAAAAACCCACCAACUCAUCCACACUGGAGAGAGACCGUUCAGCUGUGAUGACUGUGGAAAGUCUUUUACCCGGUUUGGAAGCUUAAAAGCACACCAGCUCUUCCAUAGUGGAGUUAAACCAUACAGCUGUGACGAGUGUGGAAAGAGUUUUUCCUGGAAGGGUAGUCUAAAAAAACACCAACUCGUCCACAGUGGAGUUAAAGCGUACAGCUGUGACGAGUGUGGGAAGGAUUUUCUUAGGAAGGCUUCACUAGAAAACCAUCAGGUCAUCCACACUGGAGAGAGACCGUUCAGCUGUGACGAGUGUGGACACACUUUUUCUCGGAAGAAUGGUCUAAAAAAACACCAAGUCAUCCACAGUGGAGUUAAAGCGUACAGCUGUGAUCAGUGUGGCAGAGCUUUUACUCAAAGUGGCCACUUACAGAGUCAUCUAGUUACCCACUCUGGAAUUAAAGCAUACAGCUGUGACAUUUGUGGAAAAUCUUUCAGCCUGAAACAGAGCCGAAAUACACACCUACGCAUUCACACCGGACAUGAUGUGUACAGCUGUGAUCAGUGUGGCAAAGAGUUUACAACAGACGCAAAGUUACAACGUCACAUGUUUACCCACUCUGAGGAACUACCUUAUAAGUGUGAUCUGUGUGAGAAGACUUUUAAAGCUCCACAUUACCUGAGACUACACCAACAGAUCCACACCAGAAAGAGA